UGUUUACCUGUAUGUUCAGUUUGGCUAUAAAAUUAUCAGUGUUAGGUGUUUAAAUAUUGAAAAAAGUACGGUACUGUAUUGUCCAUAUUUUUGAAAGUAUAACUGUGAAUAUUCAAAUAAAGUUUUUAAUCAUGAAAUUGUUCGCUGUGAUCCUGACGAUAAUAAUAUGUGUUUCACCAGCAUGCAAGUCGGAAUCCACUACCGAUGAACAAAUUGUACCUGGGACAUACCCUUCACACGUUGUAAUAAAGCUGGCUUCUACAGACUUUUGCAUGUGCGAAGGCGUACUUUUGUCAAAAAAUUAUGUUCUUACUUCUGCGGGAUGUGUAAAAAAGUACAAAUCGAGCCUCAAAUACUUGGAAGUGGUAGCUGGUAUUAUCUCAACAAAGGAUAUUAAAUCGGAGAAAAAUGCACAAAUAAGACAAGUUACCGAUAUCGCCAUUAAUCCAGAAUGGUUCAGUUCAAAACAACAGUCUGGAGAUGUAGCCACUCUAAAGGUCUCUCCUUCGUUCGAUAUUAACAAAUAUGUUGAUAUUUCUGGAUAUGGAGGUGCAUUUACAACUAAUUCCAGCGUACGAUUAGUCGGAUACGGAGAUGGUGAAAAAUUAAUCCAAUCUAAACUGAGAGCAACUUCAGGUAAAGAAUGCGGUUUUGCGGUUGCGAACGCAACUGAUUCAAAUUCAAGCCCGGCAACAUUUUGUGGAAAAAUUAGCUACGAUGGAGAAUACGAAAAUACUUUUUAUGAUAGGACGUAUGCUGGAGCACCUGUAUUGUCAGAUGAUGCUGAUAAAAAUGUACGUGGUGUGAUGUCUGUUAACUACAAUUCCAUAACAAAUGUUGCACAUUAUGCAGACUGGAUUGAAGCAGCCACAAAAGUGUAAAUGACACUAGAAAUAUUCGAAUGGACUCAACUUAGUAAAAAUAACGCCCCUUAAUCGAUCCAAAUUUCAGCGAUUUUUUUGUCUUUUAUACCAGUUACAAAUAUAUACAAAUAUACAAGUAGUAUGAUUA